AUGGACAAGUCUGUGGCGGACUCCCCGCCGCCGAAGGACACCUACGCCCACGAUGAAAUCCAGCUACCCACAACGAGCAAGAAGUUCUCGUUCUCGUCCAAAGGCAACAAAGAUGGCGAUGUGGCGCUCGCUCUAUUCAGCGAUCCCGAUGAGAUGAUGGAGCCGGUCUCGCAGGAGGAGGAACAGAAGCUCGUUCGGAAGAUCGACUUCCUCAUCCUUCCUUUGAUUGCAGUCAACUACGCUUUCUUCUACAUCGACAAAACAACAUUGUCAUACGCCGCGAUCUUCGGUAUCCGUGAGGAUCUCAACCUCCAGGGAAUGCAAUACUCCUGGUUGUCCAGCAUCUUCUACUUCGGUUUCCUGGCCUGGGCGUUUCCGACAAAUUUUCUGAUGCAGAGACUUCCCCUUGCGAAGUACCUAGGCGUCAAUAUCUUCUUCUGGGGCUUUUUCUUGAUCUUUCAGGGUCUGGUGAACAACUUCGCGGGCCUGGCGGCGCUAAGGGCACUGGCUGGCGCUGCGGAGGCCUGUUCGGACCCGAGCUUUAUGCUGAUUACCUGCAUGUGGUAUACACGGAAAGAGCAACCAGUCAAGAUUGGAAUCUGGUAUCUCGCCAACGGCGUCGGUAUUGCCUUGGGCGGCCUCCUGGGAUACGCAAUCGGCCAUAUCAGGGGCUCUUUGGCAUCAUGGCGCUACGAGUUCAUUAUUAUUGGAUGUCUCUGCUGUCUUUGGGGAAUUGUGAUUGCCAUUCUCAUGCCCGACUCUCCCGUCACGGCGAAGUUUCUGUCCAAGCGAGAGAAGCGGAUUGCUGUGGAAAGGCUAAAGAGCAAUCAGACAGGCAUCGAGAAUAAGCAUUUGAAAGGAUAUCAGGUCAAAGAGGCUUUCCUCGACAUCAAGCUGUACCUGUUCUUCUGCUUGGGCGUCGUCGGCAACAUCCCGAAUGGCGGCAUAUCGAACUUUGGAACGAUAAUUAUCAAGGGCUUCGGUUUCAGCACACUUGUCACGACUUUGAUGCAAGUUCCGUACGGCGCCUUCAUCGCCCUCUCCAUCUUGACAUGUGUCCUCCUUAAUAACCGCUUCGACAACCGCCGCUGCCUCUUCAUCCUUAUAUUCCUCUGUCCCAAUAUUGCUGGCGCCUUUGGCCUUCGUUUUGUCGCCCAGGAGCACCAUGUCGGACGAUACAUCUGUUACCUUCUCACCGGACCGUACAACGCCGCCUUCGUUCUGAUCCUAUCUCUCCAGAUCGCGAACACGGCUGGGCAUACGAAGAAAGUGGUGACUAACGCUGUCCUCUUCUUGGGAUACUGCACAGGAAACAUUGCUGGCCCAUUCUUCUAUUUGGCGGAGCAGAGCCCAACCUACGAGUUGGGCAUUUGGAGUAUGAUCGUCAGCCACCUUAUCGAAGUGGUGAUUGUCAUCACAUUUUGGAUCCUGAUGAAGAGGGAGAACGUGCGGAGGGACAAGUUGCAGGCGGAAAUGCUGGCUGGUAUGGGUCCAGAGGAGAGGGAGAGGGAGCUGGCGAGAACCGCUUACGGAGAUUUGACAGAUCGGGAGAACUUGAACUUCAGAUACAUCUAUUGA